CGCUACUGCAAAAGUGGCCGAGCCUCAUUACCAGCAUGAGCCCGAGCGUCACGCCCCACGUGAAGACUGUCGAGACGGAGCUCGAAAUGAAGAUAAAGCAGUCCUCAGCAGCUUCUCCGCAGUUGACUGGGUGGGUGUACUGGCAGCGCGACCCUGCACGAUCCCCGGACUGCUGGACGAAAGCGUUUGCAGUGUUGGAUAACGCGUUUCUGUGGCUUUUCCAGCGAGAAGAGUCUGCACCUCAAAAUUUGCUGGUGCAGCUGGCUGUCGCGGACGUUGAUGAUGCGGAAGGUGAACGCUUGCUGUGUGUGAUCGACCCGAACGGAGAGGAGCUUCGUAUUUGCUUGAGCGACAGCGCUACGUUCGAGACUUGGAGCGUGAGGUUAAAGGACGCGGCUUACCACACAGCAGCUUUCUUCCGAAGCAGCGGUCUGGACGUACGAGAUCUCCCGCGAUGGAGUAACUACAGAGGAACACUGGAGGACUACAAUCGAGUUUCCAAGCGGACAAGAUGUAAGGAUGCUGUGGUACAAAUGAUGCGGCGUUGGAGGAUCUAUCAGUUACGAAAACACUAGGAAGCGCCCACCAAAAGUGCCAUUAAGUAACUAGCAACUUGAUGACUUCAAACCCGCUAGUCCAAAGGAGAAAGACUAGAAAGAUAGACAUCGAUGCAGGCGUCGUAACACGAAC